GUCCAGCGAUGGCGCUUCACUCGCAGUUCUGCAAGUUGUUGUCGAUUUGCAGGAGCCCCGAGGAUAGGUUGGCAGCCCUCUCAACAAGUUCCAAGCCGACAGUGAAACCUGAAGUGGAACCUCAGGAGAAUGAAGCUGUUGCCCCAGAGUUCACCGACCAGAACCCCCGGAAUCUGGAGCUCUUAGUUGUAGCCAGGAAGGAGCGGGGCUGGAGAACAGCGUGGCCCUCUCAUGAAUUCUGGCACAGGUUGCGAGUUACAAGGACUCAAUAUCAUAUAGAAGCAUUUGUUGAGCGUCAGAGUGGUCAGGUUGAGGUUUCGGUGUCCACUCAUGAAUGGGCUAUUAAAAAUCACCUUUUCAGUACCAGAAAUGUGGUGGCUUGUGAGGGUGCAGGACGAGUGUUAGCAGAGAGAUGCUUAGAGGCAGGAAUCAACUGCAUGGUCUACCAGCCGACCCCUUGGGAAGCAGCUUCAGACUCAAUAAGAUGA